GGUUCCCAGCAGCUACAGCGCCUGACCAGCGGCAACCGCAGGGAGAGCGUCAUCAGCUACAACUCAGUCUCCACCAGACCCAGCAUUGACCUGGGCUCGUCCUACCGCAAUGACAGACAGGAGAGCCUCAGGGACUUCUCCCCCAACAACAGCAACAAUUUCCGGAGCCUGACGCCCCCGCUGGAGUCCCCGCCCCCAGAGGUGGAGGAGAGAAGGGAAUCUAAACUUUGGAACCACAACAUCCGUCUUGAUGAGCUGCAGCUUGUUCAGCAAGAGCUGGCAAGGAAACGUUUGAUUGAAGGCAAUUCAGUGGCACCGUACAGCUACACAGAAUCCUCUAGACCCUCCACUACCCCUGUCCUCAACACAAAGGCAGAAGUUCAUGUUACCCCCCCUGCCACAAGAAUGUACACCCGACCAGAUUCUAUAGAGUCUGCCCCACUAGGGGGCGCUGCUGCUGUCCUUGCUGAGCGCAGGUUGAGCCAUCAGGCCAACAACUUGCCAGGUAUUCUAGGGCCACCUGAGGAGUUUGGAUGGAUCAGCAAGGUGCCCAGUCAUGUUUACCAGUGUUUCAGCUUGGAAGAAUUAGAAGGGAGACCACUGAAAGGAUUAAUAUACAACAGGACACUAGACCUUGGUGUUGACAUUGAAGGUGGCAUAGGUUCACCCCUGGGUGGGAAGAUUCUUGUUGCUGUGGUGUUUGAAGGUGGUGUGGCUCAAAUGAGUGGUCAAAUUCGAGCAGGGGACCAGCUGAUGAUGAUCAACGGACAAAGUUUAGUCAAUGUGACAAGUUCUCAGGCAGAGCGAAUCAUUAACGAUGCUACUAACACAGCCAGGGACAGAGUGGAGUUAUACUAUUGUGAAACAACUCUAGUCAAUGAUGAAGACAGUGUCACCUAUUUCUAAUGACACAAGGAUAUUUAUGUCAAGCAAGUUUGUGCAGCAUGUUGUAAUCUACAAAAGAUCAUUCCAGAAUGACAUUCCAUGAUUCAAGCUUAAUAUAUAUUUUCAUAUACUUAAUAUAGUUUUAUAGUAAACAGAGUAAACCACAUUAUUACAUAGUUAAUUGCUAGUCAAGGAGUUAUUUAAUCACUUCUUAAUAUGUAUGUAUUCAUGUAUACAAGACAUUUUAUUUUAAUUUUAUUCUGAUGUGAUUUGUUAAAUCAGUCAAUAUUUGUGAUAAAGCUGGUUGUUUUAGAUUUAGAUGCUAUAAAUUUUAUCAAGUUUUUUUUACCUUGUGCUAAGUUCUAAAUGUCAGCAACAAAAUAAUUCUGUGAUCUAUAUAUAGCUUGUAAUGCUAUCAGAUAUUGGUGAUAUCAAGUGAUUUCUAAUUCAUCUUAUGGCAAUGGUUAUUGAAUGUAGUAAUAAUGAGAAAAGCUGUACUUACAUACUGACUGCUGCCACCCCCACCCCCCCCCCCCCUCCUACCCCACUGUGGCUGUUGAAUUAACC